UUCGACAUUCCAAUUCCGACAAGAAAGAAAAAAAAGGGCCACAAGCAAGAAACAGAAGAGGAAAGCGCGAACAGAGAUCGGAGAAUGUCGAUGUCUUCGAUUCGCGAAAGUGGCGGGCCAUCGUCGUCGGCGGCGGCGACACAGAUGCCUCCGGGCGUCAAGUUCUCCCCGAAGGAAGGUGAACUUCUGGGUUACUACCUCUACAACCACAUCCGCCGCACGCUCCCGCCGGCGCACUACUCUGCGAUCCGCCGCCACGACCUCUACGGCGACGACGAGCCGUGGGAGAUCUGGCGGCGCCUCCAGUCCUCUGUCGAGGACCCCGGCGACGCAUACGCCUUCACCGAGCUGAAGAAGAAGCUGAAGUCCUGCGGCGGCAAGAGCAAGAGGUCCGGCCGGAAGGUCGGCAGGGGCGGCGGGAACUGGCACGGCGAGGACGUCGGUACCAAUUUCAGCCUCGUCCGCCGCGCUCGGUCGCCGGUGGAGAAGGAAGAGCGGUGGACCGGGAUGCGGAAGAGGUUCAUCUACCAAAACCCUAAUCCCCAAUUCGCCAGCGAGCACAAGAAGUGGAUCCUCUACCAGUUCAGUUUGACAAGAGAGGGCUGCAGCGAGGAGGAGAAGGAGGUCGUGUGUAUGAUCCGCAACAACGGAUCCCCAAUUGGGAAUUCGAUUGUGGAGGCGGCGAGAAAGUCCGCUCUCGCCGGCAGGAAGAGGAAGCUCGAGGAUUACAUCAAGAAAAUUUCCUCUAAAGGCGACGUUUCUACUAGCAGCAAAAGAGUGUGCUACCCCAAUCCCCUGCCUCCACAACAACAACAACUUCCCCUGCCUCCACAACAACAACAGCAACUUCCCCUGCCUCCUACAGUGGUGGAUUGUUUCAAUCCUCUGCCUCCCCUGGCGACGAAUGUGCUGCCACAGCAACCACAACCAGCCGAAGAAGGAGAAGAAGAAGAUUUGGAGACAUUGGAUGUUAUUUCGUGGAUCGAUUUCGGGGACGGGGAAUUCGACUGGGGAGAUCAAGGAGGCAGUGGAUUUGAUCCACAAUCUGUGCUGGAGUUUCCACAGGGCAGUAGUGAUCAUGAUGAUGAGCAUUACCAUACUACAGCGACGAAACAAGAAGAAACGAAUGAGCCUGUCUAUCUACUUCCACCCACAUUCCCCAUUGCUGAUUACUGCUCGCAGCCAGCACCAGCAGCUGGAAUUCCAGUGGCUGGAGAUGAUGGCCAAGUGAAGACAGGACAAGAAGAAACGAAUGAGCCUCUCUAUCUGCCUCCACACCCUGGUUGUUUCGAGCCAGCAGCUGCAGCCGCCGAUCCAGUGGUUGAAGAAGGCGAUGCAGGGGAGGGAAAAAUGGUGGCUGCUGCUGCAGCAGAAGAUGAUGCUGCUAAUGAUUUUGCACCACAGGAGGAUAGUGGUAAAGGCAUCAUGAUGGGCGGCGAGGAUGACACCAGUCGACACGCUGCAGACUCGGCGAUGGUGCAGCCAUGGGACGUUACCAUGGGAAGAGUGGAGCUGAGUGAUCAUCUGCUGGUGGAUAUGCCACCGUUUGAGCAACCACCAUGUUUGGUGAAUCCGUCGGAAGGUUAUGCGAGUUGUGAAUGGGAAGCCAACGAAUAUGUUGAUCUAUGGGGUUUUGGUCCCAUGUACGUGUAGAAGGUGAUCAUUGUGUAGUUAGUUAGUUAAUUAUGUAACGAGAAGAAGAGAUGAUAUUGAUAUUAUUGUUUGUUGAUGUAGAAAAGCCAUAAUAGACGUGGUGAAUCCACCUAAAACAGGAACAAUAUGUACAAGGAACCAAAGAAUGUAUUUGGGAUAUACUUGUGCUAAGUUAUAAAUGGUAUUGUGUUAGAUUUAUUAAGCUCUUUUUGAUAUAUAAAAAAAACAAUUGAGAUUUUCGAGACACUUCGUGGUCAUACACGAUAGAUACACUCAUACUCUCAACUAACACAUCAUAAAAAUUGUCUCAACAUUUAUGUCUACAAAACUACUCUACACUAGCAAAUUAAGGUGCACGUAGGUGGGGUGGGUCGGUUUUGGGUCUUCAUAGUCAGCAGACUCAUAUAUACCAUUUCGAGAAUAAAGAAUCUGAACCCAAUCAUAAAAAAAAUGCAACAUUAUGAGUGUGGUUGGCUUCAGACCGGUCAUGGUCAAGAAAUAAUUCGGGUGAAA